AUGACAUAUCGAAAAUUUUUUGUUAUCCUCUUGUUCUGUGCAUCAACGGUGGGAACUUGCCUCUCAGCUUCAACUUCAACUCAUUCCUCUUCCUCUGGUCAAAGUAGCUCAGGCAAAUCGGUCGAAAAUCGACCAUACAGUGAGUCUGAAAAUGCAUACUCCGACACGGACUCCAAAGAAAGCCUUUCUGGUCGAACCGUAGCACCUGGAACGCUAAAUUUCCACACAGGAAAGUAUACAUUGUACAAUGGCAAGAUCGCAUAUCAUCAUGAACUUUCAAAUCAUCUUCAAGCCAAAGAGCCAAAAUUCGCAAAAGAACAUGAGAAGGAAAUGGAAUCUGCACAUGCAAGAAAGCAAAAGCACGCAAAUUGGUCUGUCGCCAUUGCGCAAGAGAACAUGCAGCCGGGCAAGAAGCGCAAAUUACCACAACCUUUCCCAAAUCCACCUAAUGCAAAAGAAGCGGAAAAGAUGAGAAAAGAUCCAACGAUUUCAUGGGAAACCGAAAAAGGUUUCAAUCGUUUGUUGGCAAAGAAGCUCCUGUAUGAACAAAAGCGUCCAAAGAGGGAAGAAGAAUCAGGUUCAUCAUCUUCAUCUUCUCCAUAA